AUGGAUUUGGAGACACGCAUCAAAGCGUAUCGUUUUGUGGCCUAUUCGGCUGUCGCCUUUUCAGUCGUCGCUGUUAUUUCGGUAUGCGUCACUCUACCAAUGGUCUACAACUACGUGCAUCAUGUGAAAAGAACUAUGCACAAUGAAAUCACAUUUUGCAAGGACAUCUGGAACGAGGUACACGCCUUGAAAUCCCUCCCAAACAGUAACCGUACCGCUCGUCAAGCCUACAACGACGCCGCAGUGACCGGUGGUGGCGCCCAAUCAGGCUCCUGUGAGUCCUGCUGUCUUCCAGGACCCCCAGGGCCCGCCGGAACACCAGGAAAGCCCGGAAGACCAGGAAAGCCAGGAGCACCAGGCCUCCCAGGCAAUCCAGGACGCCCACCACAGCAGCCAUGCGAGCCAAUCACUCCACCACCAUGCAAACCAUGCCCACAAGGACCACCCGGACCGCCAGGACCGCCUGGACCACCGGGAGACUCUGGAGAGCCUGGAUCACCGGGACUUCCGGGACAAGACGCCGCACCUGGGGAGCCGGGACCAAAGGGACCGCCGGGACCACCUGGAGCUCCAGGAGCACCAGGAACACCUGGAGAGCCGGGAGUACCUGCUCAAAGCGAGCCGCUCAUUCCUGGAGAGCCUGGACCACCAGGAGAGCCCGGACCACAGGGACCACCAGGACCACCAGGACAGCCAGGAGCCGAUGGAUCGCCAGGACAACCGGGACCAAAGGGGCCCAAUGGGCCAGACGGACAGCCAGGAGCCGAUGGGAAUCCAGGAGCACCGGGACCAGCCGGACCACCAGGAUCGCCAGGAGAGCGUGGAAUCUGUCCAAAGUACUGCGCCAUCGACGGAGGAGUGUUCUUCGAGGAUGGAACUCGUCGUUAA